AUGGAGCCCUCACCCUGCGGGAGCCGAGGCUGCAGCGGGGGACCCCGCCUGGCCCCGGGGCUGGUGGUGGCGGCCCCUCCGCCGCCGCCGGGGAUCCCGCUUCCCCCAACUUUCCUGCGGCCGCCCAGCCUGCUCCUGCAGGCGGCAGCCGCGGGGAGCGGGGGCCCCCGGCCGGCGCCCGGGCUGGUGGGCGCGCUGGGCGGCGGCUUCCCGCGGACCCCCAAGUGCGCGCGCUGCCGCAACCACGGCGUGGUGUCCGCGCUCAAGGGCCACAAGCGCCUGUGCCGCUGGCGGGCCUGCGCCUGUGCCAAGUGCGCCCUGAUCGCCGAGCGCCAGCGCGUCAUGGCCGCGCAGGUGGCGCUGCGCCGGCAGCAGGCGCAGGAGGAGAGCGAGGCCGGGGCGCUGCGGAGGCUCCUGUACGCGGGACCCUCCGAACCCUCCGGACCCUCCGGACCCUCACCCUCGGAGGGUCCCGGGGGUCGGACCUCGGGAGGCAGCGGCGGAACCCAGACCCCCCUGGAGGCGGGCGUCCCUGCGGAGGAGGUGACCGCGCUGGGACUGGAGACCUGGAGACGGGCCGGCGGGCUGGCCACCCCUGCUUCCAAGGCUUUCCAGCCAGAGGACGCGGAGGGAAAGCAAGAACACAAAGAGAGUAAAUGUGACUCAUACGAGAGUGGACAAAAAGAACCGGUCUCCAAACCUCAUCAACUCACCCUGGGGUCAUCUCCUAAGCCUGUUGGUGUCACUGGAAAACACAAUCUUAGGUCAUCUGUUUCAGAAAACUCAAACAAGGGUGAUGGCCUUGUGUCUCCUCACCCUGGGGAGCAAUCAGGAGGUGAAGAGAGUCCCAGGUCUCUAUCAUCCUCUGACCUGGAAUCAGGAAAUGAAAGCGAGUGGGCUAGGAACUUCACUGCUCCCAGGUCCAGACUUCACACAGUGUCUUCAAGACCAAGAGAUCCUCUUGAUAUCCUCACCAAGAUCUUCCCAAGUUACAGGCGCGGCCGGCUGGAAGGCAUUCUGCAGUUCUGCAAAGGGGAUGUGGUCAAAGCCAUCGAACAGGUCCUAAAUGGGAAAGAGUACCAGCCAGACAGCAGGGACCUAGCAAGCUCAGGAGGCUUGGGAAAUACAGCUUUCCAGAGAGCUUCAAACUUCAGUUUCGCUGGAAUUGGUUUUGGAACGCUAGGAAAUAAAUCAGCUUUUUCUCCUCUUCAAACCAGUUCUGCUUCUUACGGACUUGAUUCAAGUCUCUACAGCUUAAGUCCUAGACUAGGUAUCAGUCCCUUACGGCUGGCGUAUUCCUCUCCGGGAAGAGGGCUACCUGGUUUCAUGUCUCCGUACCUAACUCCUGGGCUGGUACCAGCAUUGCCUUUUCACCCAGCUUUGGAUUAUGCCUUUUCGGGGAUGAUUAGGGAUUCCUCCCACCAUCCCAGUAAAGACAAUAUAACUGGCAACAGACUGUAUUCCAGACUGACUCGGGACAAUCUGUAA